GGCACUAGUCAUCAAUUUCCCCCCAGUUUCCUCUUCUCGUUCAAACUCCGCGCCUCUCUCGCUCUAGACCUCGGUCUCGCGAGAUCUCUCGUGAACUUACAGAACCGGAAACAGCGUGUGGGUCUCUUCCCUCUUGCGGCCAUCGUAGGAGCGCCAGCGGUCAAAAUGAAGUUCAACCCCUUUGUGACUUCUGACCGGAGCAAGAACCGUAAAAGGCAUUUCAAUGCACCUUCCCACAUUCGAAGGAAGAUCAUGUCGUCUCCUCUUUCCAAGGAGCUGAGACAGAAGUACAAUGUUCGGUCCAUGCCCAUCCGAAAGGAUGACGAGGUCCAGGUUGUUCGAGGACAUUACAAGGGGCAGCAAAUUGGCAAAGUAGUCCAGGUUUACAGGAAGAAAUACGUCAUCUACAUUGAACGAGUGCAACGGGAGAAAGCUAAUGGGACAACUGUUCACGUGGGCAUUCACCCCAGCAAGGUAGGUGUUUUUGAGAAAGCGUGAGGGGGAGAAGGGCAU